GGCAAAAUACCAGAAGAAUGUUGAAGCAUACCAUAAUAGGAGCGGGGCGAUGAAACCAAACAUUGUACCUAAUUGCAUUCGAUCAGAAAAUUACAUGAUUACCUUUGAGGUUGAGGAAGAGAAGUUUCCCUUCUUUGGUAAGAAGUACCAAUUGAAGUUUGCAAGUGACAUCUCUGCUGAAACCCAUUGCUUGGUUCAUUUCCCAAGCCUGCUCAGGUUGGCCAGAGAGGCCGGUCUUGAGAACACAGAGAUUCAGAACUUGACAGAUUUUUAUGAUGAUAACAGAGCACAAGUUCUUGGGAUACUACAAGAUGCAGGCCAUAGCUUUAUUGAUCCCAGGGGAAGACUUCUUCCCAGAUCAUAUGAUGUUUUAGGUCUGUUCACCACAUUCAUAUUUCAAAAGCCUGAUCCAGAUAUUGCACCUCCACUUACGACUCCCUUUUUGCCUGUCGGAAGCCACAAUCCUGAUGAGAUGGAUUGGCAAGUCAUUGGAUGGAAUGAAGAGGAGAAGAGUGGACUGACUGAUCCAUCUAUAGGGUUGGGCAAGAUAACUGAACAAAAAGGGAUUUUAGGUCCUGGUCCGCCCGAAUUACGAUUCCCUGAAGCUAUUUGAUGUGAUUGGUGUAGACAUUGGAUAGCAGUUGGAAGGACCGUGUCGGUUUCAGUCAUUUCAUCUCGUUCGACCAGGGAUAGAUAUUUUGGUUUGUUGAUCGGCAAGAUGUGUAUCAUUAUAUCAUUUUGUUGUACCAUGGAUGGAAUUUUUGGUUAGUGGUUUGGCACCAUGUAUAUAGAUCCUUUCGGGAACUAGAUAGUUUCGAUGUAAUUAACAAUUGAAGAUUCAUCUUCACUGGCUUGACAAAAAUUGAACCGUUACCUACUUCCUCUGUGGACAAAUAUGCUACAGGCCUUAAAUAUAUAGAUGUUAUGCAAUCAUGUAUUCACAGAUUACAAGUGAUUUCGAGGUUGCAGUUUUUGACUGA